UGUCAGAGACUCCGUAGACGGGCUUUGACUACCCUGACAGAGAAAGUCGACGUUCUGUAAGUUUUUUCAAUUUUAGGGUAUCUUAUGUUUGGGUUAAAAGCAAGUUGUAAUACAUCCAUUGUGAACAUAUGUAAUUAUUUAUGUUCCGUUCAUUUAUGCAAUUCAAUUACUGUUCCCACAACUUAAAACGCUUACCUAGGCCUUUCUCUCCCAACUUCGGCUAGCGCUAGGUUUAAUGGCGGCCAUCACAUUUAACCUAGCUUAUUAGCUCGCAGUACCUAGAUGAACGUAAUGCAGCAGAAAGUGUUUACGGUUCAUCGGCACUAAGAGGAAAGUACUAAUAUAGCAUACAAACACCUAUCUCUGUAGCUAAAUUGUUGAACUUAGAAUAUAAUUGUUUAGCCUCAAGUAAAUCUUCCAGGUAUGUUGAUUUGCGAACGUGGCUGGCUAACAUUGUUGACUAACAAAAAUCAAUCAUGCCAGACAUGGGUAACGUUGACGUUAGUGGGCCUGUUCGCUGGGUUGUAGAGUGAAAGCCAUUGGCUUUUACUAAUCCAAUUUGUCAUAAUUUGUUAGACAUGUACGUGUGAUGGCCUCGUCUAAUUUGGCUUGUAGAUAACAUUACUUUUGUUGAUUGAUUCAUAUGAAAAGGUAGCGGUACUAGGCUAAUGUCACCUAGCCGAAGACUUUGAUUAGCCUACCUUUGAACCUUGUGGUCGAGAUCGAUCAAAUGACCAGCUUUCCGCCAUUAUCAGAACGUUACUACUACUGUAACGUUGACCGUUUUACCAACAAUCUAAGCGGGUUGCAAGUCAGUCGAUAUGAUUCUAGCUAUAACGUUAGCCUAAUGUUAGACGUAAUGUCGAGGUUAUAGUUUUUGCUGACUGGAUCUUUGCUGCUUUAAGUUAGAAUGACGCUCUUUGGAAUGCCUUGCAUGCAUUUCCGAUCUUAAUUUUCUUCUUUGUAUUUAACGUUGAGUUAAAGUGUGCGUCAAAGCUAUUCCUCUGUCUCAUCGGGCUAUUGCCCAAUCAUCCAAGUUCCAAGCGUGGCUCAUAAUAUGUUCGUGUUAGCUGAUACUAGAUUGAAGUCUUCCUGUGCUUUCCAAUUAUGUUAAUUCGAUUGAUCAGAUUGUGUUCAGGAAAUGUUAGAGCUUGCUACUACCUGAAAUGUUCAUUUGGGGAGUUGGCUGGUCAUCAAAACCUUCUUUUGGUAUUACUUAGACUUAAAACAGAUUAUUGACGGAUCAUUUGGCUUGUCCUGUCUUAUUUCCACCAAGCAGUCUUUCAGAUCAUAAUGGCCAUAUAAGCUAUUUUAAAUAUUAUUUACAGUUGUGCAUUUUUCCCAUUAUGGAAUUACUCUUUCCAGAGCCUCGUGUGUAGUCCCUUCGAAUCUGUGAUCCCACUCAUUAGUUUCCUGUCCUGUUCUGUAUUCUGGCUUUGAAAGUGAUUCUUCCAGCUACGUUUUCCACAGGAAAAUUCUUGAGGGAAACCAUUAGUUAUUAUUGACUUCAUAUAUCUGCUUAUUGAAUUGUUAUCGCUGACAUAUGCCUCUAAUGUCUUAAUUGAAGGCAUGCUAGAAUUUAUUGCUUCAUUGUGUUUCUGCAGACGUCAUUUCAUUUUGCCAUAGAAGAGGAGUUAUCCUUUCACACCACUGACUUGUCUUUCGGUUCUUUAAACUGAAUUUUAUCCUUGGAUCUCACUUUUGUGGACUUCGUUCAGCGGUCUUACUCUGCUCUCUUGCCAUCCAGAGCACAACUCUUCCUCAGCAAUGUCCCAGAAGAUUCCGGGUGACAGUUCUCAGAAAGGCUUUGCGGUAGGGCGUGGGCUACUUGCCGCUGCUGAAACGUUGAAUUUCAGCAUGGGUGAACCCAGCUCCAACAGCCUAUAUGGCUCCACUUCCCGACCAAUGAGCAACAUGGCUAGAGGCCCAGGAGGCGGACAAGGGAAAGACCAUGACCCUCAGCUGUCCCGCCGCGUGGGCAGUCACCUUAGCAACACUAUGAAGCUGUUCGCCAGCCUUGGUCUGUCGCCCACAGACUUGGACGAGCUGGCUCAGGUUCCAGAGGAGAACAUCAGUGUGGAAACUUUGCCCAAUCUUAUCAUGCAGCUUAAGAACCGGAAGGUGGAGGCCAGCCGCCGCAUGUCUGGUGACCCUAGGGAUAUGUCCUCCCACUCCCCAGACACGUCAUACCGAGCAAGUAGAGACGGCUGGGGAGACAUGCAGGAAGGGCACCUGGACUCUUCCAUGGGGCAAGCACCAGGCCGCGUGGCACAGGGCGACUUCGGUUACAGUUCCAUGCAAGACAUGCCGUCUCGAGGGUAUGACCGAAUUGAUUAUGGCAACACUGGUGCCAGCAAUGGCAACCGAGACCGUCAGUAUUCUGAGCUUUCCCAUGAAUCUUACCGUGGGCUUGGCAUGGGCUCCUCUGCAGCGCCUGACAGCAUGCUUAUGCAGAGAAGGAUGGGCUCCCCUUCCCAGGGUAAAGUGCAAGACUUCUUGGGACUCAUGCCCCACAUGUUUCCACAUGUGUGUUCCCUUUGUGAUUUUGAUGUGCAUUCUACCAUGGAGUGGACCCAGCACACCAAUGGCUUACGCCAUGCAGAAAACUGCAGACUCCUCCUACAGAUGUAUCCAGAUUGGGAUCCUCACAUGCCCUCCAACAGAGCCUCGGGGCCACAUCCAAUGGACACGCCCAACCGCUCAGAUGGUCUUCUGGGGGCUGCCCCUAGGGGGCCUGGACCACAGAGAGGAGGGAUGAGUUCCAACUGGGGUUCUGAUCCUGGCUAUGGAUUUUCAAACAAAUCUCAGUCACUUCCUGGACCUGGAAAGGUCAGAAGAGGCAGAGUUGUGGUGAUCAAGUACGAGAGGAAGCCACUGUCGUCAAACAGCCUGUUUGGUCUGGCAAAACCUUUCGGGACUAUUCGGGAGCAUCUGGUGCUAAAAAAGAAGGCUUUCCUUGAGAUGGAGACCCAUGAGGAGGCCCUGGCCAUAGCUGAGUUUUAUCAGAGGAAGCCUGCCAUGGUGCAUGGGAAGGAGGUUCAAGUGUAUUUGUCCAGAGAGAUCGCUGUGAUUGAUAAAAGUCAAAGUGAGAAAGAACCUGCAGACCCUAAAGCCCGCCAAAGUCAUGUUGUUUUCUUCUCAAAUCUACCAAGAGAUCAUGAGAAGAAGUCUGAGUUGCUCACUGUUGCCCGUCGAUUUGGCUCGGUGGAGAAGCACCUGUUCUUAAACGGCGAGGCGUUUAUUCAAAUGGGCACUCCUGACGACGCUGAGAUGUUAGUUAAAUACUACACCUUGAACCCGCUGACCAUCAGAGGGAAAAGCGUCCGCUUGAACAUCUGCACUAAAUACAAGACCCUGACGGUGCAUCCCAGCAGGGGUGGGGCACAGGGCAGACCAGACUGGAAGGGGAACAGCUCCAGCUCCAAAGCAUCCUCCAAGGGUCAGAGGUCGUCCGCUGCAUCCAAAGGCAAGGAGAGCAACUCUGAGAAGGCAGACACGUCGCAGACUGCUGAAGAGGAGGAUGGCGCCCAGGCAGAGGGUUCGGGGGAUGAAGUGGCCGGGGUCAUGGAGGGGGACGACCAAGAGGAAGGCGACCUGGAACAUGAGCAGGAAGAGGAGGUGGAGGAGUCUGCCGAAGCAGAGGCGGCGGCCAAUCCUGAAUCGGAGGAGAAAACUGAGGAGGGAGAAGAUCUUCAACCCUCCACCGACAUCGAGGGGGACAAAGGAGGCGAUGCAGCGGCAGCUCCUCAAGAGGAAGCCCAGGAGGAGAAGGAGGGCCCUUCACAGGAGGAUGCCCCACAGGAGGAGGAGGAGCAGGAGGAGGCGGCAACGACGGCUGAGCAGUCAGAUUCUACAGAGGCAGUCAAAGACCCUGACGCAGAUGACGAGCCUCAGGAUGGAAGUGAUACUGAGGAGCCAACAGAGGACCAGCAUGGUGAACCAGAUUUCCCCGAGAACAUGGAUGACUUUGUUACUCUGGAUGAGUUGGCCGAGGAUGAGGAUGGAGACCGGCUCGACUUCACGUCCAAAGGAAGGGACUCAGGAGGCUCAAGAAAAAGUGGGGGACUGAGGGUUGUCAAUGUUGUUGGAUUUAGAAGAGGCAUUGACUACCUUGAUGAAAUUCUGUCGCUAGCCAAGCCAUUUGGGAAAGUUGUCCGUCACCUGGUUCUGGAUGUGAGACCAGAGGCUUUUCUGGAGCUCUCAAAUGAAGAAGAAGCAAGGUCCAUGGUCAGCUUCUAUAACAGUAAUGUCCUCCCAUCUGUGUGUGGAAAACCAGUGAAAAUUUACCAUUCGCAGACGUACGCAACCAUUCAGAGUGGCAAAGUUAUAUAUGUGGGACAAAUUCCAUACUUCAAAUCCUCCGACGCGACCCUCCUGAAAAUAUCCGAGCCGUUUGGAAAGAUCAGACGCUACUAUAUGAAUCGAUCUCGCAAUGAGUGUUUCAUUGAAAUGGAAAGGGGGGAAGAUGCGGAGAGGAUGGCGGAGGCCUACAAGACCAAUCCACCGAAAUUCCAAGGAAAACGUCUGACCAUAUACGUGAGCAGGAAAUACAAACAGCUCAAGCAUGGACACAGACCACCAAGCCCUGAAUCUGAGGAGAAACGGCCACCCAAGAGGGAGCGCGCGGCAGCAGAGGGGCAGAACACCGGCGACUCGCCUGCCAAGCCUGCUGCCAAGAAGGACGAGCAACCUCCGGCCAAGAAGAUGAAGGAGGAGAUCGUGAAAGACGACGAGCAGCCAGAGGCAGCGGAAACAUCAGCAGCAGCUGAAGAGACCAGUGAACCGACUGAGGAGGAGGAGGAGAAGGAAACGGAGAAGGAGGACGAGAAGCAGGAAAACACAGACACAGACCAGAAAAUGGAUGCUGAAGAGGGCACCAAGAACGGAGAGGUUGAACCCCCAGCUGCUGCCCCCGUUGAGGACGCCCCAAAGACUGAGGAGGUGGUCACCCCCGAGCCCGCUGAGAAGAAGCCUGAGGUUACCCCCCCCGCUUUCGGACCAUAUGAGCCAAACACCCCCGUUGGUGUAGAGUUUGUGAAGAUGGGUUAUUACUGCCGAGUGUGCUUCCUCUUCUACUCCAAUGAGGAGACUGCCAAGAAGGUUCACUGCAGCAGCAAGGCCCACUAUGAGAAACUGAAGAAACACCUGGAGAAGGAUAAAGCAAAAGCAGUGAGCUCUGGCUCGAAGAACUGAAUUCAUUUUUAUAUUGCAAAGGUUUAGAAUUUUGUUUAGAUUUGUUAUGUUUGUUUAAGUUUCAGGGGAAGUGUUAUUUUCCUUUUUAUACCUGUCUACUUGCUGUGGGAAGGUUAAAAAGGUUUGCAUAAAUAUUCUGUGAGCUUGUUAUAAAAGUUCUGUUUUGCAUGCAGAUUCCUUUGUUGAAUGUAAUUUAAAAUGUUGCUCGUUUUACUGCAACCUUUAUGCCACAUUUCUGUGUUUUGUGGCUUUUAUUUUCACAUGACAUGCUCCUGUCCAAAAUGUAGAAAUGUAUGCAGUAUGAUAAAUGCAUCAAAAUGGAGUUCCUAUCCCAUUUAAUCGAAUCACUCAAAUCCUGUUAUCUACACAGGGUAAGAGAUUCCCAGGUUUGCAGUUUAUACAUGAAUUGAUCAGUUAGUUCCCUGGUAAGAACCAUCAUCAUUGCAUCGUCUUGUUGCACCCCCUUAACACUACUAAAGAUCAAGACUGGGCUGUAUUUACCAGUCCCUAUGUAUAUGUACCUGUUUUGUAUGGAAGGGGUCAAAAAUAAAUGUUUAAUUUCCAUUGGUA